CGGCGAGUGGAACGGCGUCCCGGAGCGUCUCAGUCUCGGAUUCUGCGCAGUCUGGCGCUCUUCGUCGAGUCAUGAAGUCAUGCAGUCAUACGAUCUCUGCGCGCGGUCUCGCUAUGCUGGAUGUUGUUCUUCCUUGCUCCGCGCUGCCAUCAACGCCGCUGCUUAUAUAUAAGCUGGCCACCCUACCGUGACCUUACCUCCUUGAUCUCUACCUCGAUCAGUCUCUACUUGAUAUCUAGCUCCUAGUCUCUACCAGUCUCUAUUAGCUCCUCUAUCUACUUCUACGUCUUCUACUUCGACUUCUUCGACUUCUUCUCGUAUCUGUCAGGCCACCACGGCUCGUCAAUAGGCGGCUGACUAAGCAUCCCCUGACUUUUAUCUUUUUCUUUUAUCUUUUUUUUCAACUUCAACUUCAACUUCAAAUAACAACAAGAAGAAGAAGAAGAAGAGAAGAAACGCCGUCGACAGCAUCUUCUCAGCCUCUGGACACGCCCGAGUCUUCACGCCGGCUGCUGGCUUCUCCUCCGGCUCCCGCUGAGCCCUCCUGUCCGCCAUGUAGGUAGCAACCUCCCCGUCUGCCGUCGAGCUCGCGGUUAACCUUCGGUACCUGCAGGAAUUCAACAACGCUGCUCUCCCCUCCGCCGGAGACGUACUGGGCCCAGUUCCAGCAGACGGCCGCCUACAACCCCCAGCUCAAUGUCUUCGAGCAGAUGUGGGCGGCCUGGUACGCCUACAUGCAGAACGACGUCCUCGCCACCGGCAUCAUGUCCUUUGCCAUGCACGAGAUCGUCUACUUUGGCCGCUCGUUUCCCUGGAUGAUCAUCGACCGUCUGCCGUACUUUAACCGCUACAAGAUCCAGAGCAAUAAAAUCCCGACCCUGCAGGAACAGUGGAAUUGCGCCAAACUCGUUCUUCUCAGCCACUUUACAGUCGAGCUGCCCCAGAUAUGGUAGGAUCCAGCCUUGUUAUAUAGAAGAGAAGAAAAAAAGGGGGUGAAGCUAACAGCAGUAGGCUAUUCCACCCAAUGGCGCAAUACUUUGGCCUAGAGACGACGGUUCCCUUCCCUCCGUGGUGGAAGAUGGCCUACCAGAUCGCCAUCUUCUUCGUGCUCGAGGAUACCUGGCACUACUUCUCGCACCGCGCUUUCCACUGGGGCCCGCUCUACAAGUCCGUCCACAAGAUUCACCACCAGUACUCCGCUCCCUUUGGCCUCGCCGCCGAGUACGCCUCUCCCAUCGAAGUCAUGGCCCUGGGCUUCGGCACCGUCGGCUGCCCCAUCCUCUGGUGCGCCCUGACCGGUGACCUGCACAUCCUCACCAUGUACCUCUGGAUCGUCUUCCGUCUCUUCCAGGCCAUCGACGCCCACAGCGGCUACGAGUUCCCCUGGAGCCUGCACCACUUCCUCCCCUUCUGGGCCGGUGCCGACCACCACGACCUCCACCACGAGAAGUUCGUCGGCAACUACGCCAGCAGCUUCAGAUGGUGGGACUACCUACUCGACACCGAGUACGACCCCGCCGCCCUCCAGAGAAAGAGAGAGCAGAAGGCCAAGAAGGCCCAGUAGUCCUCUUCUCUUCCUCUUCCGUUAGUGUCUUCUCUCUCGCUUUGGCUCCAUUUUCUGUCUUCCUGUCUCCCGCCCGCUCGGUUGAAUACGACGCUACAAACGCAGCACGGCUAAUUCUUCCACGGCCACCAGAAACACUGUUAAUUUUUGAUCUUCUUUCUCGCUACAUGUUCAGCUUUUGACCCUCUUAUCCGCUUUUAAUGUCAGCCGCCCUGGCCAGCAGGCACCCCUUUUUCGACCUCUUCUUUUUUUAUCAUGCCCCCCCUUACAUUAUUUCCCUCCCCACGCUAUAACGAGAUCUGUCUGUAUCCUACAAAAAAAACCCCCCGUCCCUCACCAUGUCUGCGUUAGAGGUACAAUAGAAUAAUUUAUAAAUACAAGUGUUAAAAAUACAUACUCAGACAGCAAUAAUACGAA